CAUGAGUCGUCUCCUUUUCUAUUUUUCUCUCCUUGAUCUUGAGACUGCAUAAAUAAAGAUGCCCAUUGUCUUGUUUUUCUUUUCUUUUUCUUUAAACUAUGUCAGAAUCUUCAAAACAACAUUUAAAAAACAAUACUAAUAUUAUCAAAUUUUUGGCACGAUUCCCUCACUCAAAGCCACCACCACUUUCACCUCAUUCUAAUGAGAUGACUACACGCUGCCCAAUGAUGAUAUCAAACAUCAGAGUCUCCAUCGACCAAGAAUUAUCACCGACACAGACACAAAUUGAUCUUGUUCGUACAAGCUGGCAAAAAGUGACUCAAACAAGACACGACACAGACGAUCGCAACGUAUCACCUUCACAUGCAUUUGGUCUCGCUUUUUAUGAUGCUUUGUUUGAAAUGGAGCCCGAUUGUCGAGAAUUGUUUACAAACGUAUUUCAACAAGCAAGAGCAUUGACAGGCAUGAUCUCUUAUAUUGCAAGAGCGCACCAUGUAGCGCACUGUUGUCCAACUGGGCUGGAUUCUCCACCUUCAACACCCACAACCAUCAAAGAUAUUAAUGAAAAAAAGAAAAGCGACAGUUAUGAUGAAGGUGAUCCUGAAUGGUUGGCACAACAAUUAAGAGAAUUAGGCGCCAGGCAUUAUUUCUAUAAAGUCAAGCCACAUCACUUAGAAUUAGUGGGACCUGCUUUUGCUGCUGCAUUGAAAAAGAGGUUAGGAUCAGACUAUACAGCUGAAAUUGGAGAUGCUUGGGUAAAAGCAAACUCUUAUGCAGCUUAUAAUAUGAAGAUUGGCUUUGAGUCUCAGCAGGCCUGGGAGGAAGGCAUUACAAGUCAUCGAUCUAUCAGAAAAAGAAAAGCAACAUGUAUUAUUUCAUAAUGGGCUAUUCUUGCUUUCAACAUUUCUCUCUUGCUAUUAUUAUAUGCAAAAAGGAACUUGUAGUAUGCAGAUACCAACGUGUAAAUGUUUAAAUGCAUGAAAUAAAGUAUCUGUUAUUUGAGUUCUAAGAUAAUUUUCUAGCUAUGCCUAGUAAACAAAAAGCAUAAGGAGAGAAGUAUUAAGAAACUUCAAAGGGGAGAUGGGCCUUUAAAGGAAAAGUAAAACGAAACAAGAACCAGAAACAAAAAGGACAGAUCUUUCCCUUUGCCAUAGAAGCAACACAUUAAAAAAAAUAUCAGCAUAAACAAUCAUUGAUUUUUGUCAAAAUCACUUCUGAACCUAGCUAGUACAAGGCAUUGCUGGACAUGCCACAAGAAGCUUG